GACACCUGGAAUUUCCCCUGCUCUGGGACAGAGAAACCCGCCAGGAAAAUGUCCUUCAAGUCUUUCAAGGUUCUCUCGCUGCUCGUCGCCUCCCUGGGCUUCGUUUUGAUGGAAGAGAACGUCUCGGGCGCCAGCCUGAGGAUUCCCGCUGCCAGCACAGUGCAGAGACGCUACUCCGAGGCCACCCUGGCGAGCGACUACAGCCGCACGAUGGACAACAUGCUGAAGAAGAACUUCGUGGAGUGGCUGCUGGCCAGGAGGGAGAAGAAAAGCAACGACAUCGUGGAGUACAAGAGGGAAGCUGAGCCCCAGGGACCAGCUGCGGGUGGGCAGAGAACGGACUUGGGCUCCCAAGAAGCCAAAGAUUUCCUCACCUGGAUUCUGAGAGCCAAGGGAAAUCAGAGCUUUUCUUCUCUGGAAGACUCAGAAGGGCUGAAGGGUGUUUUGAACCCCGAGUUCCUGACGUGGUUGAUGUCGACUGAUCUCUGCAGACCAAGAACUGCAUAAAUCCAGGGCUCUCC